CUUCCCAUAAACCUGGCGGCUUAGACCAACUCCUGGACAGAUGUUGGGAGCCUGCCUUGGAGCGGAGGUUGGGAAAAGGAGAGGGCGGCUCUUGCCCGGAGAGUGAGGAGGAGAGCUCGGCACCCUGGGCUGGAACUUUAGCACCCUCGGCUGGAACUUUAGCACCCUGGGCUGGAACUUUAGCACCCUGGGCUGGAACUUUAGCACCCUCUUCCGCAGGAGUUUAAGGGCGAGGAUCGCCGUGCCCCGAGCGGGCCGUCUGGAGAGCCGGGCGGGCGCAGGGCUGGAGCGGACGAGAAGCCAGCAACUUUCUCUGACGAGGAUUCUGUGGAGCUCUCCAUAAAGAAAUAACAGCGGGGAGAAAAGCCCGGGAAGCCGGGAAGCGUUUGCAGCUGUCGGGACGCUGGUGAGCGGCUCCGGGCCGCCGCCGGUCCCUGCGAGGAGCCCGUCCUGCCCUGCAGAUGUUUGGGAUUGCAGCAGCUCGGGGGUUAUUUGCCUUGGACUGAAGGCGAUCCCAGCCCCGGCGGAUUAAGCUCUUUGUGUACACGCGAGUGUGCCUUGAUGGAAGCUGCUCCCGCAAAACCCGCUGCGGGGAGCAUCCCCUAGGUCAGGGAGCCCUUCUAGAGGAGGGGGAGAGGGGGAAACCUCCUGUUUUCGUGGCUCUGAGACGAUGCUGGGGCAGUAACUCCCUCGGCAGGCAGCACGGUGCUUCGGGAUGGCCGUCUAUGCCCUCACGGGUUUCUCGCUCGUCAGCCUGCUCAGCUUUGGCUAUUUAUCUUGGGACUGGAUGAAACCCAGUUUGGUGGCCGAUGUGGCCACAGACCCCAUGGAGAAACCACUGCCUCCCACCUUCACCAGGCCACCCCACAUCAUCUUCAUUCUGACCGAUGACCAGGGCUACCACGACAUCGGCUAUCACGGCUCCGAUAUCCAGACGCCGACGCUGGACAGGCUGGCAGCGGAGGGUGUGAAGCUGGAGAACUACUACAUCCAGCCCAUCUGCACCCCGUCCCGGAGCCAGCUGAUAACUGGCAGGUACCAGAUCCACACAGGACUGCAGCACUCCAUCAUCCGCCCUCGGCAGCCCAACUGCCUGCCCCUCGACCAGGUCACCCUGCCACAGAAGCUGCAGGAAGCCGGCUACUCCACACACAUGGUGGGCAAGUGGCACCUUGGCUUCUACAAGAAGGAGUGCCUGCCCACUCGCCGGGGCUUCAACACCUUCCUGGGCUCCCUGACAGGCAACGUGGAUUACUACACCUAUGACAACUGCGACGGGCCGGGCGUCUGCGGCUACGACCUGCACGAAGGGGAGGACGUGGCUUGGGACCAGAGCGGGAAGUAUUCCACCUUCCUCUACGCCCAGCGUGUCAGCAAGAUCCUGGCAUCCCACAGCCCCAAGGAGCCCAUCUUCAUCUACGUGGCCUUCCAGGCAGUGCACACGCCCCUGCAGUCCCCCAAGGAAUACAUCUACCGCUACCGUUCCAUGGGCAACGUCGCCCGCCGCAAGUACGCGGCCAUGGUGACCUGCAUGGACGAGGCGGUGAAGAACAUCACCUGGGCCCUCAAGAAGUAUGGUUAUUAUGAUAACAGUGUGAUCGUGUUCUCCACAGACAAUGGUGGGCAGACCUUCUCUGGGGGAAGUAACUGGCCACUACGGGGUCGCAAAGGGACCUACUGGGAAGGGGGAGUGCGUGGCAUUGGUUUUGUCCACAGUCCCUUGAUCAAGCGCAAGCGUCGGACAAGCUGGGCACUGGUUCAUAUUACAGACUGGUACCCAACUCUGGUCAGCCUGGCCAGGGGCAACCUGAGCAAUGUCCAAGGCUUGGAUGGCUAUGAUGUCUGGCCUGCUAUCAGUGAGGGCAAGGAGUCGCCUCGCACCGAAAUCCUGCACAACAUCGACCCCUUGUACAACCAUGCCAAGUACGGCUCCUUGGAGGACGGCUUCGGUAUCUGGAACACAGCUGUGCAAGCUUCCAUCCGGGUGGGGGAGUGGAAGCUCCUCACUGGUGACCCCGGGUACAGCGACUGGAUACCCCCACAGACCCUGACCAACUUUCCAGGGAGCUGGUGGAACCUGGAGCGUCUCACCGAUGGCCUGAGGAAGUCUGUGUGGCUCUUCAACAUCACUGCUGACCCCUACGAGCGCUACGACCUCUCAGAUCAGCGCCCGGAUGUGGUCAGGACCCUCCUGAUGAGGUUGGUGCACUACAACCGGACGGCCAUCCCGGUGCGGUACCCUGCGGAGAACCCCCGGGCUCACCCAGACUUCAAUGGCGGUGCCUGGGGACCUUGGGCCAGUGAGGAUGAUGGGGAGGAGUGGGAAGGCGGCCGGGAGCCCCUGAAAAGCAGGAACAAGAAGAAGAAGAAGUGCAAGAUCUGCAAGCUGCGCUCCUUCUUCCGCAAGCUGAACACCAGGCUCAUGUCCAACCGCAUCUGACAGGACACUCCCCCAGCAUCCACCCAUCCUGGCCAGGGUGGAGCUCUGGACUGCAGUGCCAUGGGGUGGGAGCCAGGGAGAAGGAGGGGAGGUGGCCAGUGCU